CGAGAGAGGGGGACUGCCCUUCUCGGCCGUCCUCGGAGCCCUUUUAUUCUUCCCAUCUCCUCCUCCGCGUCCCGCCAGCGUGAGUCUCUGCCGGUGGGGUGGGCACCAACGCCGCCCUCGAUCCCCACCCCCCAGUCAUGCGGUGGUGGAGCAGGCGUCGGCGGGGGAAGACUGGAGCCGGAGAAGUCUGCCUGGCCACUGUGUUUCAGUGCCUCUCUCUCUCCUAGAGCUGCUCUGGAUUGCAAAAGUGGAGGGGGGAACUGAAACGAAAUUUCCCCUUCCCCCCCGACAAGCACAGGUUUAAAGGAAAAGAGGAAAAAACCCAACGCCCCAAGAAGAAAGAGCGAAACUUGAGUUAAGCCCCCGCUGCCCCCCAGCCGCCCGGCCGAGAGGGACUUGCACUGCCGCUCCGACCCGGUUCUGCGGCCGUGGGAACCGGAGCCCAGCCCCGGCGGACAGAGUUCGGUCCCCGCUGGAUGCGGCGGGGAUCGGGCGGUCGGCGCCCAUGCACUUUCCGUUGAGGAAGAGGACAAGUAACCAAACCACGUUGUCAAACUGCUGACCCGAGGGGGAGAUGAGAAGACUGUGUGAGGUAUUGACCGAUCGGGGAAUCAAUACAAUUUGUCUAAUGCAACGGGGGAUCGGGGGUUAAGUACAUGAGAGGGACGAGAGGAUCCAUUUACUGAGGGAGAACGGGACAGCUACACCUUGAUACCAAAAAUACUCCCCCCUCCCCGCAGCAGCCAGCCCGGCAGCAGCGACGUACGAGGAGAGGACCCAGCUCCCUGCAGACCGCCGGAUCGAUGACACCGUAUUUGCAAAACCGGCCCAUCGAUCCCACUUGGCAAAACGACUGAUCGAUGCCAGCUUGCUCGAGAGACACGUUUUUGCCCCCCAUCGGGGAGUCAGGCCCAUCGCAAAUGGCUUCGUUUCCCGAGUCCGACUUCCAGAUCUGCCCGCUGUGCAAGGAGAUGUGCGGCUCGCCGGCUCCCCUCUCGUCCAACUCCUCCACCUCCUCGUCCUCCUCGCAGACCUCCAGUUCCUCCGGGGGCGGCGGCGGCUCCUCCUGCGGGGGCCCGCCGCGGCGGCUCCACGUCCUGCCCUGCCUGCACGCCUUCUGCCGCCAGUGCCUGGAGGCGCAGCGGCACCCCGGCACGGGGGACGCGCUCAAGCUGCGCUGCCCCAUCUGCGACCAGAAGGUGGUGAUCUCGGAGCCCUCGGGCAUGGACGCGCUGCCCUCCUCCAACUUCCUCCUCAGCAACCUGCUGGACGUCGUCGUCGUGGCGGCCGCCGCCGACGAGCAGAAGAACGGCCGCGCCGCCGGGGCCGGCCCCGCCGCGGGCUCGGGCGGCGGCGGCAACAACCGGCACCACGGCCGCNCGCCGCCGGCUCCUCGCCCGCCGCCGCCGCCUCGGCCGCGCCCUCCUCGACGUCGUCGUCGUCCUCCUCCUCGGGCGGCGGCGGCGGCGGCGCUCCUGCUGCGGCGGCCCCACAGCCGGCAGGGCGAGCCGCGCUGCAGCUCCUGCGACGAGGGCAACGCCGCCAGCUCCCGCUGCCUGGACUGCCAGGAGCACCUGUGCGACAACUGCGUGCGGGCGCACCAGCGCGUCCGCCUCACCAAGGACCACUUCAUCGAGCGCUUCGCCGCCGGCCCCGCCGCCGCCGGCCCCGCCGCGCCGCUCGCCCUCAGCCCGCCCUACCCCGCCUCGCCGUACAACAUCCUCUCUGUCUUCCCCGACCGAGCCAGCUACUGCCAGCACCACGACGACGAGGUACUGCAUUUCUACUGUGAUACCUGUUCUGUCCCCAUAUGUCGGGAAUGUACCAUGGGACGACAUGUGGGUCACAGCUUUAUCUACCUCCAAGACGCCCUACAGGACUCCAGGACUCUCACCAUUCAGCUCCUGGCAGAUGCUCAGCAAGGACGACAGGCUAUUCAACUGAGUAUUGAACAGGCCCAGGCUGUGGCAGAGCAAGUGGAGAUGAAAGCGAAGGUGGUGCAGUCUGAAGUCAAAGUAGUGACCACCAGACACAAGAAGGCCUUGGAAGAGCGGGAGUGUGAGCUGCUCUGGAAGGUGGAAAAGAUUCGCCAAGUCAAGGCCAAGUCACUCUACUUGCAAGUUGAAAAGUUACGUCAGAACCUAAACAAGCUGGAUAACACCAUCAGUGCUGUUCAGCAGGUCCUGGAGGAGGGUCGUACCCUGGAUAUUCUUCUGGCUCGGGACCGCAUGCUGGCUCAGGUGCAGGAGCUGAAGAACGUCAGAGGCCUUCUCCAGCCACAGGAAGACGACAGGAUCAUGUUCACCCCCCCUGACCAGGCAUUGUAUAUGGCCAUUAAAUCCAUGGGCUUUGUCAGCAGCGGGGCUUUUGCUCCCUUGACCAAAGCCACGGGGGAAGGCCUCAAGCGUGCGCUGCAGGGCAAGUUGGCCUCGUUCACCGUGAUCGGCUACGACCACGACGGGGAGCCUCGCCUUUCCGGGGGUGACAUGAUCUCUGCCGUGGUCAUGGGCCCGGAUGGAAACCUUUUCGGGGCGGACGUCAGCGAUCAGCAGAACGGGACCUACCUGGUCAGCUACCGUCCCCAGCUGGAGGGAGAGCACCUGGUGUCCGUGAUGAUGUGCAACCAGCACAUCGAGAACAGCCCCUUCAAAGUGAUGGUGAAGUCGGGGCGCAGCUACAUCGGCAUCGGGCUGCCAGGGCUGUCCUUCGGCAGCGAGGGAGACAGCGACGGCAAGCUCUGCCGCCCCUGGGGGGUCAGCGUCGACAAAGAAGGCUUCAUCAUCGUUGCCGACCGCAGCAACAACCGCAUCCAGGUGUUCAAGCCGUGCGGGACCUUCCAUCACAAGUUUGGCACACUGGGCUCCCGGCCGGGCCAGUUCGAUCGCCCCGCCGGCGUGGCCUGUGACGUUUCGCGGAGGAUCGUCGUGGCCGACAAGGACAAUCAUCGCAUCCAGAUCUUCACGUUCGAGGGGCAGUUCAUUCUGAAGUUCGGGGAGAAAGGAACAAAGAACGGGCAGUUCAAUUACCCAUGGGAUGUGGCCGUCAACGCAGAGGGCAAGAUCCUGGUCUCUGACACGAGGAACCAUCGCGUUCAGCUGUUCGGGCCCGACGGCGUGUUCCUGAACAAGUACGGCUUCGAAGGGGUACUCUGGAAGCACUUUGAUUCCCCCAGAGGUGUGACGUUCAAUCACGAGGGCCACUUGGUAGUGACGGACUUCAACAACCAUCGCCUCUUGGUCAUCCAUCCGGAUUGCCAGUCGGCGCGCUUCCUGGGCUCCGAGGGCACCGGCAACGGGCAGUUCCUGCGCCCGCAGGGAGUGGCGGUGGAUCAGGAAGGGCGCAUCAUCGUGGCCGACUCCAGGAACCACCGGGUGCAGAUAUUCGAGUCCAAUGGUAGCUUUUUAUGCAAGUUUGGCACUCAGGGAAGCGGCUUUGGCCAGAUGGACCGUCCUUCAGGUAUAGCUGUCACCCCUGAUGGCAUGAUCGUUGUGGUCGACUUCGGAAACAAUCGAAUUCUCGUCUUCUAAUCUGUGUUUGAAUUAGGAAGAAACUGUCUCAGGGAAAUUCUUCUAAGAGAAAAUGAAAAAAUACAACGUUAAUUCAAACCUACCUCAUCUUUAAUUUUUUUACAGAUGAAUGUACUUACCUUUUCUGCAGGGAGUGAGCCUGUAAAAUUGAAUUCUAUCUACCUCAUUGUCCUCCCUUCCCUCCCCCAUUUCUCACCGAUUUCUCAUCCCCACAUACUCAUAGUUCAGAACGUUUUACCUCUUUCCCCCAGAUGGGGUUUCAUGCACAAACAAGAAUUGCUGUGCACAUUAGGUGGUUUGUGUGGUGAGUUCUGUUAGACUAAGCCAAGAAAGGCGCUAUGUAACUUUUUAAAUGGAGAAAAUGGUAGUAGAUGUUUGUAGAGAAUUUGUGUUCUUGACCAUUCUGCAGUUCUGUGGGUGGGGACAUGGGAGGGGAGGGACAUUUGUUGUUGGUUUUGGUUUUGUUUUGUUUUGUUUUUUUCAUUGCUGCUGCAGCAGAGAACUUUUUCCUGUUCUCCUUUUUAUACCUCAGUGUGUUUGAUUUACUGGCAAGCACAGCAUCUUGUUCCCAGACAACUUUGAACGUUUUAUGAAAGUGAGAUUCGCUUGCCAGGAAGAGCAAGUUUGUAUCUUUUUUGGCAUUUCUGUGUAUUUUUUUACUGAAACACAGUAAUUUAACAGCACAAAGUGAAGCUGAUGAAAAUGCACAAAAAUUCUUUAAGUUUAAACCAAAUUGUUCAUUUUAGUGGCUUAGUGCGGUCAUUGUAAAGUUUAGAUGAAAAGCAAGGCUUCCUUUAGUGUAUCCUGUCAUUAAGAAUUUCAUUUUUACCUCUUUUCACCUGAAAGCUAAAUUAGUUUGAAAAAAGUUACUGUUUAUUUUUAUCAGUGCCCCUAAUCUAGGUAACAGAAGAGGUUAGAAGGGGCAUUGAAACAGGGAAAAAUCAAACCCUUUUGAUUUACUUUCUUGUGAAAUGACUUAGCGUAUUUUGCCUCUUCCCAUAGCGAAACCUUAAGGGAAUAAUGUUUGAAUUUGUUAGAAGUGGUACCUUUUUCCAAAAGUAAGAAAUAAGCACAGCUUUGGAGAUUCAGGGUGUGAUUUGGAGAAGUCAAAAGUUGUUUUGUUUUGGGGUUUUUUGUUCAGAGAGGAUUGCAAUAACUCUACCACUGAUUAAUUAUUAUUAUUAUUUUUUUAAUCUUCUGGCUUCCCCAGAGAGUUGGACUGAAGAUUUUGGGAAUAGUACUGUAGCUUUUAGGGUGGGUGGGGUGGGCCUGGAGCUCCCUGCUGCAGGAUCUCUGGCUGCAGAUCCAAGUGAAGAGUUACCAGUACCAGCUAAAGGCAAACUGCAUCAAGGUGAAACUUUGCUGCUUUUUUCCCAGGGCAGUACCAAAGACUUCUGUGUAAAAUUAAUGUAUAUGAUCCUUAAAAGCCUGGAGGCAGAGGGAAGUUUGCCCUUUCGGGGAUAUAGAAACUGGUGUUCUGAGAAGCAGAAACUUUUGGGGAGAAUAGAGAUCUCUUUAGCAAAAUGUGACUUUGAGUCCCUGGAAGGAUUUAGUUUUAUUCUUCAAUUUCCUGCAUUCCAGUUUAGCUGUUCAAGCAGAUAUGGUCUCUACAGACCUGCAGCUUCACCCUCUGGUGUUGGCAAACAAGAAUUGUUCAAAGUGGGCAACAGAGGGCUCUUCUUGCUCUCUGCAGUGAGAAAACUGACUGUCAUUACUCUUGAGUUUGGAAAUGCCAUGGGAUUUAUCUUACUGUUUGCAAGAGAUGAUCUUUGAAAUGUAAAUGUCAAAAAGUCUGAAGAGCCUUAACCAUCCUGCAAGGAAAGGGUUCAUCUCUCUGCCAGCCACCAUGCACAAAAGUGACCUGAGGUUGAAAGGCUCUUUAGAAGUUUGUGAGAAAUCACGAGGUGCACUUUCCUUCUUGCUGCUUUUCCCCUCCAAGGAGUGUAAACUUUCUGAGUUUCCUAGAAAUACCAAUGAUGUGUGCAGACAGAGAGAGCUGCCACUUUAGAGGAGGCUUAAACUAAAGGACCAGAAAAAGACAAGAGAGAUUCGUGAGAUGGCAAAACCUCUUUCAAAAGAAGGAUGAGGAAAACCACCUAAAUUAAAUGGGAUAAAACAACUGUGCUGCCUUUCAGCCAAAGCCUGAAGGAAGCAAACUCUUCAAAGCAGUGUGUUUCAGUUAGGCUUAAUCUUAGGAUAGCAUGGUUUAAAAACAGUCUUGAAAGGAUAAUUUUUUAUACAGGUGUCUGUCAUUAAAUUUCUGUGGCCACACAAAACAUGUAUCAGAGAGAGCUAGUUUAACUUCAAGUUCUGCAAGUUCUGCCUGUGUGCAUGCCUCCCUUCUUGGGGUUGGCCUACAGUUGUGACAGAUGUCCAUAGUUGUCUUGUGUUGUUCAGCCCAAGAAUUAUUUGCAACUUGGGCUGUGAAAACUAAUAGCCUGCAAGAUCCAGAUACCAAAGAAUAGUGGUUUAAAAAGCUUUAAUUUUAAAGUUUGCAGUGUCCUUGCAUUUAUCCUGUCAUGUCUUAAUGAAGAUGCCAGGUCUCUAAAUACUUUGACCAGAGUGGCUGACAGUGUUGAAGUGUCCUAGAAAUGCUCUUGUGCUUAAAUGCUUGUGGGGUUUGCCCUUCUCUGUGGCUAGAAGGGAGUUGUUUUUCCAGGCAUUAAAAAAAAAAGAAAAAAAAGAAAAAAAGAAAAAAAGAAAAGAAAGUAAGUGUGCAGUCGGGAUUGUGUUGAACUGGAGGAACAUUUUGCCCCCACAGCCUGCACCGUGUGGAAGGUGACAGACACUGAAGUUGCCCUUUGCUUUUUGAAUGGAGCCAUUGCACAACCCCCCAGCCCAGCUCAGUCAGGAAGAGGCGUGACUUAAACUCUUUCUAAGUUGCUGUCUAUUUAACUCAGUGGGAUUUGCUUGCAAACCGAACCUUGAGUGUUUGACCUCAUGUUGUUGGGGAGCUUUUUCGUUUUAAAAACACUACUAUUUAGCUACCCAAAAGAAUUCCUUAUCUUUGUGAUAGAUCGUGCUAAGCACACUUGGUCUCAUUGAAAAGUGAUAGUGUAGCUUAUAAAAUGGAGUGUUUUAUAUGCAAUGAAAAAAAGUAGUGCUAAUAUACAAUGCCAACAUCAGAUGCCCCGUAGAGACUUACUAAAAAGUAAUAAAUGAGGUUCCAACCUUGCUCUGCUUUUCCAUGCAUGUUCUCAGGUUAAUGCCCCAGUAUCAUAAUGUCCAUGCAUGCAGAGAGGAAAAACAAGGCUUGGAAGCUGGAUUGCAAACCAAACAAGCAUUCAGAGUAACCUUAACUAGGGGAAAUGGCCUGGAGAAGGGUAAAGUGAGCGUGUGCCUCCUCGUUGGGGAACAGCAAAUGUGAGGGACAGAGCUGUCUACUCGAACUCCCAAAGGAUUUUCUCUCUGCCAGGUUAAAUCAGUGGCUCUCUGUAAACCUUUUGCUUGACAAAAUGUUAUCAGCAAUCAGUGUGGCUGGUUUGGGUGCUCAGCAUAUAAAGCAAUCUUGUCCUUUUCUCAGAAUAUUUAAGCAGGAACUUUAGUAGCAAACUGAAGCAGAUUCAGUACUUAAUAGUGCAGGUCCUUCACAUAACUUGCUCCUUUUGAUUUAGUACAUUUUAAAUAUAACUUAUUUAAGGAGGCCCAUAAACCUGAAACUUUACAGAAAGCAAGGAAAGGAAGAUGACACCUGAAAACUAAUGCAUGUUAGGGCCAGACAUAACCAGCCUGGGAGAAAGAACAGGUCACUUGGAUGUGGCAUUCCCUUGGAAUUGAAGGAAAGUAGGCCCAGUCCAUUAUGUUACAGUUAAACCAAAAUUGAUUUCUGAAGAGAGCAGGUUUAUAGACUCAUCUUGCCAUAACUUUGAUCAUAAGAUUUCUUUGUUCAGUUUUAGUUUAAAAAAAAAUAUUGUGCCAAAGUUUUGUUUAUUUUUUAAAGGAGUGUAAGCCAAAUGGUGCCAAAAGGUAAUAGGGUAUUUAAAAGUAGAGAUAUUUAGAGAAACAGUUUGGAACUGUAUAAAAAAGGAACACUGGUACUUGAGUUAGACAAAUAUUGUACCUUUGGUCUUUGAGUCCUUGGGAGUUGGAAACCCAGUUUGCUGUGGUACAAAAUGCACAACUAGAGAUGCCACUAUCUUUUGCUUGAAGUUCUACCUCACUUUGCAGAAGUAAAUCAUCUACCUCAAUUUAGCAUCAGACAGGUUUGGGAAAUAGUUGAGAAUCUGCCUGGGGGAAGGAUUCAUCCUGCCUGUUGGAAAAGCAUUUAAAUUGAAACAGAGAUACUAAGUGUGUACUAUGUGGUGACUGCUUGCUUUUGUUUGCUUUUGUUUUUGCUGCCUGCCUAUGGAGAUAUUAAGCUGCCCUUGCUAGAGAAUCUGUAAAUAAAACCAAAUGUUCAGGCAAACUGGACUGAGACCUGAAAAGCUUCCAAGUUUUUUCUGGUUUCACUACGAGGUAUGGAAGUGUAAACUUCUGUUCAGUAUUAUGACACUACUGGCUGACUUGACAUCCUUCAUGUUCAUUUGCAGUGUUCUUAUGUCCUUAAGACCUUUAGGUCUUCUCUCUACAAGACAAAAACUUUUAUGCAUGCCUACCAAUGUGUCCUGUUUGGGAGGACUGGUGUUAUGAUUGCUGUAAACACAAUGCUAUACCAAAUGAUUGAAGGGAAUAAGGUCCUGGUUUUUUUAUUUUAUUGACUUGGUGAUUGUAUUAGUAGCUUGCUUGACUCAAUGGGAUUUUUUCCACCAUGACAAAGCAAUCAAGUUCCUAUUCCUGGAGGGCAGCUUAGGUUCAGACAUACUCAAGAGAGGCAGUUUAAAACCAGUGUCUUGGGGUUUUAGGCAAGUUAAGUAGUGAUGUGCAACGUACCCCGUUUUACCUGUGGAGUUAAGUUGCAGAAGCAUAUUUUCAGACUACUCUGUUGGAGGAAAAAGUCGUCCUUUUUCCUCCCCAGCUCAUAUUAAGGGGUGGCAGAAGUGGGUACAGGAGACCCCUAAUAACAAUAGGCUGUGUUUGGUUUGGUAAAUGUUAUGGUGGGAAAUGUACAUUGAUGUCUCUAAGUGAUCUUACGGGUUAACAAGCCAGACUGGCAUCUUUUUCCAUCAUUGUUCAACCAAUAAUGGUUCUAAAAAUGCUUUGUGUACCUGCAUGGUCUUAGACCUUCUAUUAAUGAUUGUAUCAACUUACAAACUCAGGUAGAUAAUUUUUUAAGCUCUUUCAUAGAGCCUUACUGACUGAAUGUUAAGUGUCUGUGUACUGAUGUAGUUAAGUAACUUCCUUUUGAACUACCAGACUAGUUAAAAAAAAGUCCUUUUAUAGGUUUGUAGAGUACUUUUCAGACAAUGUAGUAGAUUUUCCUUCAGAGGGAGAGAUGCCUGUUUCUGAGGGGUUUUUUUAGUGGUUUUUGUUUUGUUUUGUUUUUUCUCUAAAAUGACUAAGAGGUUUUUAACUAGUUUGUAAGGUUUGCUUAGUCACCUGAGUUGGUGGGGGUUUCUGUGACUCUUGUUUGUACUGUGCAUUACCUGUCAUGCCCUGCUCACUUUGUGCACAGGUCCUUGGAGGAGUUGAGGGUGUGAAACACAUGCCUGCAAUUUAACUCAAAUAGAAGUUGCAAGCCUUGAACAAAAUGAAGCUCAGCCCCAUGAAACCAAUGUCAAACAAGUGCUUUUUUCCCCUCUCCCCCACACCCUUAAUUGGCUGUAGAUGUAUGCCCCAUCUUACAAAAUUUUCACUACUGAUUUAUGAGUAGCAUUGCCUCAGUGCAGGUUUGCACUGGGAUCCAGGCUGAUCUUGUCAUUCUUUGGAUGUUGGGCAUCUUGAGUUGGUUUGAUUUCUUAGUUUCCUCUUGUGUUAUUUCUUUUCUACUUUAGUAACUAAUCAUGCUGCUCUCCUAAUAAUAAUAAAAUAUCUCAGGAGGUCAGACAGUGCUCUGCUUUUAAUGAGCUGCUCAGAGCUUUUAUAUCUAAUUGAAAAUGAGUCAGGCUGUGACAAAAAUUGCCGUGCUCCAAAAAGGGCAUCACAUUUCUACUUGGACAAAAAGUGAUACAAUAUUUACUUGUCAGAUGUUGAGUACUGCAGAGAAGAAAGCAUGACAGGUUAUGUGCAAACUUUUAAGUAGAAUAAGUGAACAAAAUGUUAGAAAUCUUGUGUUAAUGGAGGCUUCUGAAUGUAUCUUUGUGGUCCAUAGGGAAGGCUGAAGGAUGUAGCAAGGAGACGAUGUAUCAGCUACUGGCAGCCUUAAAACAAAGUCAGUGUCUCUCUGGACUUUAAAAUGUUCCUAUGCAGUUUAUUUUAUUUUUGUUUAAUCAAAUAAAUGUGAGGUUUUUUU